UGACGUAGCUCGCCUGCUCCUCCAGUCAGAUAGGACCACGGCUGCUCAGAGCUCUUCGGCUGCCUUGGCGGUACCUUUGCGAGCCGGGUUGUGUUUCCAGCCGGGGAAGUUCGACGCGUCGGACCGUGCCGGGUAGAAAGUGGGGUUGGGGUGGGCCUGGGGGGUGGGCAGGAAUUUAUUUCCCUUCAUUGUUUCCUAACGGACUUUUGGGGGCCGGGAGAAGGGAAAUUGGUGUUUUGUCGACGAGGAAGAAGCCACUGCUUUGUUUUGGUGGGGAAGCUCCGCGAGGAGGCCCGUGACUUCCAGCUGACGAGCCUGAAGGCGUCCUCGACUUCUCCGUCCUUCCAGCGGGUGCGAGGGGACCCCUCUGACCUGGAGCGGGUUUGGCCCAGGUGGGAGGCGGAAGAGGGAAGGCCGGGCUCCUGUUCCAGGCGGGGCGGAGCUGGAAGCCUCCCUUGAGCUGCCCUGCUGCUGCCGCCGCGGCGGGGGAAAGGCUCCCCGGUCCCGAGGACGACGGCGCUGGACUACGUGUGCGACAUGUCCCCCACCAUCUCCUACAAAGACAGCAGCCGGCAGCGCCGGCCGGGCUCCUACCAGAACUCAGUGGAUAUGCUGAAGAGGGAGCUCCCGCCCGGACUUCUGCGGGGAUGGCCGCGCCGAAGUGGGGAUGACCGAGAGGCGCUUCUCCAAGAGCCGAGCGUCACGCCGUUGGGGACACCCCGGGGCUACCGAGCGGAGCUGGGCAGCAUCUUGCUGCUGCUCUUCCUCUACGUGCUGCAGGGCAUCCCGCUGGGGCUCGCCGGCAGCAUCCCGCUCAUCUUGCAAAGCAAGAACGUGAGCUACACGGACCAGGCUUUCUUCAGCUUCGUCUUCUGGCCUUUCAGCUUGAAGCUGCUGUGGGCCCCCCUGGUGGAUGCCGUGUACUUCAAGAACUUUGGCCGGCGCAAGUCGUGGCUUGUGCCCACUCAGUACACCUUGGGGCUUUUUAUGAUGUACCUUUCCAGGCAGGUGGACUCUUUGCUUGGGGAGGAGGAUGGCAAAAGCCCAGAUGUGGUGGCUCUUACAGUGACCUUCUUCUUGUUUGAGUUUCUGGCAGCCACUCAGGACAUAGCUGUAGAUGGCUGGGCAUUGACUAUGUUGUCUCGGGAGAAUGUGGGCUAUGCUUCCACUUGCAACUCUGUGGGACAGACAGCUGGCUACUUCUUGGGAAAUGUCUUGUUCUUGGCUCUGGAAUCAGCCUCCUUCUGCAACAAGUAUUUGCGGUUUCAGCCUCAACCCAGAGGAAUUGUAACGCUUUCAGAUUUCCUAUUUUACUGGGGUGCUGUUUUCUUAAUCACUACCACCUUGGUUGCACUCUUGAAAAAAGAAGAUAGGGAAAGACACCCAUCAAAAGAAGAAACAAAAGGCAUCAUGGAUACGUACAAGCUGCUCUUCUCAAUAGUAAAAAUGCCAGCAGUCCUUACAUUUUGUGCCCUGAUUUUAACAGCAAAAAUCGGAUUCUCGGCAGCGGAUGCAGUCACAGGCCUCAAACUGGUAGAAGAAGGAGUACCUAAAGAACACUUGGCUCUUCUUGCUGUUCCAAUGGUUCCACUGCAGAUCAUAUUGCCUCUGAUUAUCAGCAAAUACACAGCAGGUCCACAGCCCCUGAACACAUUUUACAAAGCUAUGCCUUUUAGGUUACUCUUUGGGUUGGAAUUUGCUUUCUUGGUUUGGUGGACUCCCAAAGUAAAAUACGAAGGAGGAUUUCCCAUCUAUUACUAUAUUAUAUUGCUUCUGAGUUAUGCUUUGCAUCAGGUUACGCUGUACAGCAUGUAUGUUGCUAUAAUGGCUUUCAAUGCCAAAGUUAGUGACCCACUCAUAGGCGGAACAUACAUGACACUACUUAACACAGUGUCGAAUUUGGGUGGAAACUGGCCGGCAACAGUAGCUCUUUGGCUUGUGGAUCCACUUACAGUGAAGGAGUGUGUCGGAGCUCCAGGACAUAACUGCGGGACUGCAGCUGCUGCAGAACUUUGUACAAAAGAAGGUGGAUCAUGUAUUAUUACCUUGGAUGGUUAUUACGUGGAAUCCCUAAUAUGCGUGGCUUUGGGAUUUGUUUGGUGGUUGUUCCUCGGUCCCAAAUUCAAAAAGCUGCAGAACGAGAGGGCAUCUUCAUGGAAAUGCAGGAGAACCAGUUCAUAGGAAAACACUGACAAAAGUUGUUAUUGUUUUAUCCCAUAAUGAGUACACACAAAAAUAAAUACAUCUAUGUAGGGGGGAAAUGGCCAUUUUAUGCCAAAUGACUUUCCAAAAAACCAAGCCAGGAAAGUAGUAUAUGGAUCAGUUAAAAAAGCACACACACCAACAAUAUUUCCUUAAGUUAAAAAUGAAUAAAUAAUCAUACCGGAAACAGCACUUUAAAACUACAGAGCUGUUGUGCUAAGUUGCAGCGUCUGCCUUUUGUCUUCUGAUUGAUUUCUUUAACAUUAUCUCUAAACAAAACUUUUAUGAAACCAUAACAUUUUGAUUUAAAUGUAAACGUUGAAUGUAUAUGGUAAAAUAAGCUGUAGAGAGAACAAUCAAUCUGAUACAUUUUCCACAACCCCUUUUAAUUGCUGACCAUAACUACGCUUUAUGGGAGAAAACAAUGAGUAUCAAAAGAUUCUCUCAAAUGUAUUUUCCUGGCUUCUACAAGCUUUAAAGAUUUAUAAGAGGAAUAUUUUUAUAAUGGUGAAAAUUUAGCUUUUUUCUUUUCUUUUAAUGUGCACACUUGACUUCAAGGCACUUGAUUUGCAUAUAGAAGUGGUUUCUUCAGGACAGCAUUUGUAUGAGAGAAGCAGCUUACGUUGAUCACACCUGGUAGAACGGGCUUCCAAAAGAUUAGGGGCACAUAUAAGGCCAGUGAAUUCAGCUUGCUUGAAAAAGCAAAUAUGCUGUUUCUCAAGAAUUGCUGUUUUUUCUUUUAUGAGGCCCAAAGAGGACUACGCAAAAGAUGUGGUGCCUUUUGAAAAGAAAUGGUGAUGGAUUGUCUGUACUUUCAUUGUUUUAGGACAUUCAUAUCGUUCUAAUGUAAGUCAUUCAAUCAUUCCUGGCUGCUGCCUGGAAUCUCCUACAACUGGUAACGCGAUUUUUGCAAUUCUCAUUAUUAAGAGGGAAUCUUCUCUUUGGUGCCUUAAGGAUGUACAAUACAAUGUAUAUCACAUAAGAAAGGGGCACUGUUAUAGUAUGUUGUUGGAUGUAUUUUGUACAUCUCAUGAUAUUAAAAUACCUUCAAAAGGUGUGGCAGGCUAGUGUCAUACUCUUGAUGCUGUCUCAGUUUUACUGGUUAUUUCAAGAGGUCAAUUCUUUCUGAAAUGGAUAUUAAUUCUUGAUUCCAAGUGAAUCUGUGAUUUACGGUGUACUGUUUUUCUUUUAAAGCUCUUUUCUGAGUGUAAAUAAAUGUUAAGCCUGUUUGAGAAGGAAGUUUACACAGCUCUUAAGCACACUUACUUGGGAGUAAAUGCCACUGAAAUUAGUGGGACCUACUUCCAGGGAAACAGAGUUAGGAUCAUAGGGUUGGGAGAGAUUUUAAAAUCAACAGAGAGAAAAACAUUCUUAGUCUGCCCUUGAUCUAUAUUCCUCUCCUUCUGAAGAGCAAUGUAUAACCGAAAUUGCCAACACCUUAAGAUCCCAGUACUCAGAUUUAUAGCUGUUUAAAUGGUUUGUGGAUUUCAGGGAUCCUUCUGCAACCUUAAAACUAUAUUUAUAGCCAGCUGUUUGUUUGUACAAUAAUAGGGAGAACUCCUGGACUGCUCCCAAUCAGAUUUUAAGAUUGCAGCCUAUCAAUGAUAUUCAUAAACUAGUUAAAUCAGCAAUACUCUGAUUGAAUUCAUGGACCUAAACUAGAUAACAUACAGUUUAAACAUAUUUAACUAGUGACUUUGGCAGGAAAUUGGGUUACACAUUGCUUCCCUGUGGCCACUUGUUUAAUAUGUUCUGCAGGUAGGCAGUAUGUGCUGAGAUUGCAGGUUGUUUGUGUGUUCUGUUGGUUGAGCUCCAAUAACUCCAUUUAGAUUUGGCUGGUAGAAUAUAGGGAUGACAUUUUUAUUGGUCCCUCCUGCGCCUUUAAAAGCAGCUUGAUUUGCUGGCAUUUGUUAGGUGAUAAUGCUGAUCUCUAACAGCAAAGAGUUGUACCUGUUGAUUUCUGUAGAUCAAGCUGAUGUUGAAGGCAUGGUGUUGGCUGGGUUUUGGGUCUGUUAGUAAAUCUCAUAGGGUUUGAGACACUCUAGUCCCCACCUCCCGCUCUGGGCAUAUUCUAACAUGGUGAUAUUGUUGUAUUAAUAUCUUGUAGUUCAGUUCAUGUGAAUAAUCAGACCUGUUUACUUGAAUGAAAAAUCCUUGGCGCUCUCACUAAGUACUUUUAGUUUUCAUUCAUUGUUUACAAUAAACUGAUUUUGUUUGCCUUAAUUUUGAUCCAUCCCUAUUGGCUAGGUGGGACGAAUAAAAUGAUGCUACUUUAAUACUAUAUGUGUAUGAUAGUUAAUGAGAGGAUAUUUAAAAAACUUGUGUUUAUCAUUUCCAUUUAUUUUUGGUUUGCCGCAGCAUAAAUGAAAAGCCUGUUAACAGAGAACGUUUAUUAACUGUCUCUAGACAAUGUUAGGGAGGGGAUGCUUCUAGAAAAAAGGUGUCUGGCUUGCAGAACAUGCACAGGAAAUUAGCCAGUGAGGCUUUUUAUGUUUUCCAGUUCUGUAUUACGGUUUAUACAGGGUGCCAAGAAAAAUAAAGGCUAUGCAUUUAAACAAAUGUCUGAUGCUGUAGAGUAAAUGUUGUGAAUGGCUAAUUAAACUAAAACCCAGAAUCAAUAGCAAAGCUUGAAAUAAGUUUCCUAAAAAAUGAGAGACAUUAAAAGAAAUUUCAGCAUACUCCGAGAAUGAAAGAAGUGCUCAGCAUUACUUUUUUUGCACUUAAACACAUUUGUAUUAAACUUGUUGUGUUGAAUUCUUGGACACUCAUCACCGAUGUGAUUUUGCAGAGGAAUUCCUAUAGAUUUGGAAGCAUAUCCUGAGUUGUGCCUGCACCCGAGAUAGCAGAGUCUGUGGAGUUGCUAUAGGUUAAGCAUCCACCUUUCACUUAUCUGAAUUGUACUAAAUGAGAACAAAAUGAGACCUGUAGUUAUUGAAGGCUAUCUGCAUUAUUUGAGAGGUAAAUUAUGCUGCUUGAUAUAAUUUCAGGUGCAGGCUACAAAUGAUGUAAAUUGGGGAAAAGGUCUAAUUAAAGUUCUAUAUGGUGUUCCUUUAAUUGGAGUAAAUAAUAACGUGAUACUCUUGGCAUAAAAUUGCUCCCCAUUUUCAAGAUAUUGAGUGAUUCCUUGACAGCAGUUUUGAUCAUUCAUGGCAAUCAAGUACAAUUACCUCACAAAAAGUGGAACACAUCUUCUCACUUGUAUAUAAGGUUCACAAGAAAAUGUUUUCUAUAGCAAUAAUCACGUCAUGUGAAAGGAGAAAUUGUCAAGGGGGGAGAUGUGCUGAGUUGUGAUAAAAGUAUUAUUUGAUAACUACCACUUGAGCUCUCAUCUGCACUCUGUGAUGCUGUCUUCAGUUCUGAUUAGAUUUACAAAGCUUAAGCUGUUUUUUUCUGGGUUUUCUAUUGGCUAUAAAGUUCAUAGUUUGAAGAAUAUUCUUUUUAUAUCUUCAAAGGUUCAUCAGAGAUGCCUGUAGAAGUAUUGAAUAAUAAAAUAUUGCCUUUUUUAAAAAAAAGGCUAAAACUAUUUGCUCGAUACAAACUAUAUAUAAAGCAAGUUAAUCUACAAAGGAUUUGUAGAUGUACAUACUUGUUGAAGGUGUACAUAUUUGUUGAUGAAAAAAACUAAAAUAUUGCUCAAAUGGAUGACAAAUUGAUUUAAGUGUGAAUCAUAUAAGUAAUGGCCAGGAACUCUGUGAAACCAAUUCCUUUGACUGUAAUAGAGAGUGGAAACAGAAGUAUAAUGUAUAUGUUAGAAUAUUUCUUGACUGUUCAUUUGUUUCCUUUAUAAUGUGCUGUAAAUUGAGGCACUGGUACACACAAAAUAGGUUUGCUUUUGAAACAGCUGUUAGUCAUAAUGAAGAACAGAACAAAACGGCUGCACCAUUUCAUGAUUAAAAAUAGCUGACUUGUAAAAUGGAACAAACGUGUUUAAUUUUUCUAUUUUACCCAAAGCGUUUCCUGGGUUUUCUCUUCAUGUUUAAGCUUUAAAAUAAAUAAAUAAAUAAGUUCUGUCAAUUGAUAAAUAUGAGACGACACAAUUACCUUGCUGAAAGUGCUAAAUUUACAGAACCAUAUCCCUUAGGAAGUCUCAGAAGCUCUAUCUAUUGUUUCAAUAAAGCAACAUUGCAAUUUUA